ACUACUGGUUUCGAUUAGGUAUGGAAAUGGAGAAGACGGGUGAGGGCGAGAAUAAGAACAAGGAAAAGAUAUGCAAGAGAUGCCAACAAAGCUACAGUCCAUCCGCCAACAACACUUCCUCAUGCCGCUUCCAUCCUUCUUUCUUCGUCUGUCGCCGUCAUGACGACCAGAAAAGGUACUAUGAAUUGGGACCUGACGAUCCACCAUAUGCUGCCAAGUUCUAUGAUUGCUGUGGAGCUGAGGAUCCUGAGGCUACUGGUUGCACCACCAGUUUCCAUGUUUCUUAUGAUGAUGAUUGAUGUAUUACUCUCUUUGGUCAUUUUACCGUUGCACUGUAAAAUGAAUCUGCUAAUGUGGUCUCCAAAUGACUUUACAUGUCUUGUAAAAAAAAUGACUUUACAUUUUUUAUGAAUCAUCGUUGCGU